CCGAGAGCGAUAGGACCGCGGCCCGCCUGUCAUGGUUGAGGGAAAAAUGAAGAACACGACGCAGGGCGGGAGAGAGAAAGAGGAGGAGAGGAUCGCUCUUCUGGAUGCAGAACCAGGACCCAGCUUCACAUAUGCACAAGGCCCCUCCAACUUUCCAGCGCUAGGCGAGAGCUCCAAAGCAGGUUACGGGACCAUCGAGAGAGAUGAAGCGGAAAAAGAGAAGAAGUCAGGUGCAAACGCAGAAGACGGCGGCUGGGACCCCGAGAUGAAGAAGGUGCUGCUGGUGGCUGCGCUGGCUCUGGCGCUCUUCCCGCUGGUCAUGGGCCUGGCGUGGCUGCUGCCCUACGCUCUGGACGUGCACUUCCGGCACGCCGCCGUCGUCGCCGACGCUCCGGGCUGCGCCCACGCUGGGAGGUAA